AUGUUCCUUUACUCGUCAUCACCCGGCACAGUCGCCCUCCGUGAAAUCAGGAGGUACCAGAAAUCCACCGAGCUGCUCAUCCGCAAGCUCCCCUUCCAGAGGCUCGUGCGCGAGAUUGCCCAGGACUUCAAGACCGAUCUUCGCUUCCAGUCGUCCGCCGUUCUUGCCCUGCAAGAGGCUAGCGAGGCUUAUCUAGUAUCUCUCUUUGAGGAUACCAAUCUGGCUGCCAUUCACGCCAAGAGGGUCACCAUUCAGCCAAAGGAUCUCGCUCUCGCUCGCCGUCUCCGGGGCGAACGUUCCUAA